GGAAAGCUGACAGGCACGUGAGCAGUGCAACGUCGUCUGCACACUACAGACGACAUGGCGGCUACUACUCCUCCCAAGGUGCUAUUUGAGCAUGAAGGAGUCUUUGUGCACUUAAACACAGAUGAUGAGGAUGAGCCAGAUUCACUGAUAUCAGGAGUCCUGCGGAUCCUGGACAAGGAUGGAGAAACCAUGGUGGAGUACAAACCGCUGGAAGAUACAGUCGAUCCCUCAAUCAUGUUGUGUGCAGGCAAGGACUCGAGUUCAGUGGUGGAGUGGACACAGUGUCCCUCUGACCGCUCGCACCCCCCAGUGGAGCCCCAGCAGAGCUGUGACACGGAGUGGGACAUGGUGAACGCCACCUACUUCAAGAGGAAACCCUACGCUAACGGGGAAGGUUCCUCAUACCAGACGCAGGAGAAGAGCCGCUGGGCCUUCUGCGUCAGUGCGUCUGACCUGCGGAGCGUGACGAUGAAGACUGAGGGCUGGACACACCUGGUGCUGGGCCUGAAGGACGACAGCAGCCUGCCCCCCCUACACUUCCACCAGGGAGGCAGCCAGGAGUUCAUGGCCUGCCUCAGGAGAUGUGUGCACCUCACAGAGUGUCCAAGGGACAAGAUGACGUUCCUCGUAAGCUGCCACAACAAAGCCCUCUCGCAGUCCUUUGAGCACCUGUUGGACGAUGCGAACUUCGGCCUGGUAGAUAAGCUGAAGAAGGACCCGUACACCGCCACGCUUGGCGGCUUCUCCAAGGUGACCAACUACAUCUUUGACGCGUUCCGCGGGCCGGAGCUGGAGCAGAGGGAGAGGCCGGCCGAGGAGGUGUCCGACAUCUUGGGAGAGAUCAUCCCCGGCCUGGAGAUCGACCACCUGGAGGAGCCGGGCUUUGAAGUCAUCACACGGGUGGACCUGGGUGCGAGGCCAGAGGUACAGCGAGGGCACCCCCUCUCCCUGGAGGAGUGGCACAAAUACCAGGACCAGGAGGGCCGAGUACGCAAAGUGGCCGAGCUCAAAGACAAGAUCUUCAAAGGGGGUCUGUGUCACGUGGUGAGGAGAGAUGCUUGGAAGUUCCUGCUUGGCUAUUACCCCUGGAACAGCACCCACGAGGAGAGGAAAAGCCUGCAGAGGAGGAAAACAGACGAGUACUUCAGGAUGAAGCUGCAGUGGAAGUCUGUGAGUGAGGAGCAGGAGAGGAGGAACUCCAGACUACGCGACUACAAGAGCCUCAUCGAGAAGGACGUGAUCCGGACGGACCGGACAAACAAGUUCUACGAAGGGAUGGAGAACCCCGGCCUCAUCCUGCUGCACGACAUCCUCAUGACCUACUGCAUGUACGACUUCGACCUGGGUUACGUGCAGGGCAUGAGUGACCUACUGGCCCCCAUCCUGUACGUCAUGGAGAACGAGGUGGACGCCUUCUGGUGCUUCGUCAACUUCAUGGAGGAAAUGCAUGAGAACUUUGAGGAGAAGAUGCAGGGAAUGCGGCUGCAGCUGGUCCAGCUCAGUGCUCUACUGCGCCUCCUGGACCUGGCAUUCUGGAACUACCUCGAAGCGCAGGACUCUGGCUACUUGUACUUCUGUUUCCGGUGGCUCCUGAUCCGCUUCAAGAGGGAGCUGCACUACCAGGAUGUCAUGCGCCUGUGGGAGGUGAUGUGGACUGGGCUGCCUUGCCAAAACUUCCACCUUUUGGUGUGCUGUGCCAUCCUGGACUCUGAAAAACAGAAGAUCAUGGACAGGCAUUACGGCUUCAACGAGAUCCUCAAGCAUAUCAAUGAACUCUCGUUGAAACUGGAUAUCGAAGAAAUCCUUCACAAAGCCGAGGCAAUCUCUUUGCAAAUCAAGAACUGUAAGGAUUUGCCGAGCACAGUCAUUGAGAUCCUGGGUGUGCGUCUGAGCGGUGAGGAGGGCCUCCACCCCCACAGUCCUCCGGCGUCCCCGUGUGACAGGUCGAUACUGGAGCUGAGCGACUACGGCAUCCUCACGCCGCCUCUCCACACCUCCGGAGAGCUGGUCUCUAACGGACACGGCCAGCUGUCCGAACCCACCACGUCUAACGGCUACAAAGUAGCCUUCAUCUCGUAGUAGUCGAGGAGCCUGAAGGGACUUGCCGAGAGAGAGAGAUAUACAGACACUUGUUUGUUUGUUUUUUUGUUUGUUUUGUUUUUGUUUUUUCGCCUGUACACACACACACACACCUGCGUGAAGUGGAGUGAAGUCCAAGUGGAGUGAAGUCCAGCGAUUCACCUUCACGCCGUGAGGUCCUCGUGGAAGCAGUCCUGAGGAGGAAACGAAAUUAUAUAUAUAGAGAAACUUAUAAAUAAGAAUGUAUAACAAAAUGGAGGGGGGGCCCUCAGCCAGACCCCCCGCCCUGAGAAAAAAAUGUAUUAUUUUUGUAAUUUCUUGUAUAUUUUCUUUCAUGGAUAUAUAACCAUUCCUUCCCAUGCAGUGGAGAGUUUUAUGUCAAAAAAAUAGGUGGGGUCCUUCCAUUUGUCUCGUUGGUAACAAAAAAAUCUAAACAUUUUUGUCGCAUUUUUUUAACCAUGCACAAAUUAUUGUUCCUGAAAGUGAAAUUGACAAAUGCUGCCAUGUUGAUUUUGAGGCCUUGUUCACAAGUUAUAUAUUUAUUCUUAGGAGUAAGAUUUUUGGACACUACAUCACAGAGCUAGCCUGUGGUUGGUGUCAUAUAGGAUAGCAUUAUAUACCUUUCCAGUUUGGUGCAAAUGGCGUCAGUUUUAUCUAAUUUUAUAUCACUGUUGAUUUCCCAUUUGGAUGCUUUGCCUGAGAGUUCUUGAUGUUGUUUUAUAGGCCAGGGAACAUAUGAAGCAUUUAUUUAUUAUUUUUGUUUGUCAUUGUCAGAUAAAAGGAAAAUAUAAAUGCAAAAACUUACCCUUAGUCAUCAUCAAAGUUAGUACCUUAUGAUUUCAUGUUUUUCUUCUUGAAUUUUGAGUCUUUUUUUGUAACUGAAGUCAAUAUAAGCUGGACAAAAUUGCAGAGGAUUUAAAGGACCAGUUCAGUCAAUUUCAAUAUGCUGUUGUAUUGCUCACUCUACCCUUGACUUGUCAGUACCUGGUGAUGCCACAUUUUUCGGCUAAGCCCUUUCCGAGAUAUGACCCAUUCUAAUGGGGGCAGCGUUUGCUUAUAUAUAUAUAUUUUUUUUAAUGAAUAUAGGCCUACUCCAAAUAUUUUCCCAAAAGGUACCGCUUUUUGCUAGUUAUCUUCUGAUGUUGCAUAACCUUUCGGAUGUUUCUGGGAAUAAAUAAAAAUGUUUUUUUGAAAUGUAAACAAAGCGCUGCCCCCAUUACAAUUACCAAGAUCUCGGAAAACGCUGAAGAAGAGCAAGAAAACACCUCAGGUACUGACAAGUCCAGGGUAGUGUGAGCAUUACAACCGCAUGUUGAAAUUGACUGAACUGGUCCUUUAAUGCCAUCCUCUGUCGAUGUGGUGGAUUUUGUAAAAAAAAAAAUUGAUUGUUUUUUGGUACAGAAUAAUUAUAUUGGAGCCAUUUUAACCAUUAAACCCUUAAAUCCUGAUCCAGAAAAGUAGAACCAUUCCAGAGGACUGGCAGUAGAUAUAUGGCCUGGUUCUGGAAUGUUAACAUUCAGAUGUAACGCAGCAGGUCCCGCACACUGUCCAUUUCAUCUUUAAGUAAUUUGAAUACAAUGUUCAAUAAGAUGUUAUGUUUUAAAUGUACAUUUUAACCUGCAAACAUGUUUUUGUACCCCUUAAAGGGAGUAAAAAGUCUAGAUGCUUUUUCUGAAAUAUUCAUGAAAAUGAUCUUGAAAAGCAAAUAGUAACAUUCAGAGUUAGGGAUUUCCAGACUAAACAGCUAUAAAAGAUUUUGAAAUGA